UAGGAAGGAAAAGCUAAAGAACAGCUAUAAAUAUUACAUAGAGGAACAGAAAUCCAUAUUUUGGGUGUUUGCUAAUAAAAUCACUGCACUUUGGUUCAGUAUAUCACCAUUCUUUAGAUUGUUACAGAUGUUUCGCACAAUGAGAUUAAAGUAUAGGCAUGUGUACAGCAGAAAAGACAAUUAAAAUAAACACGUGACACACUUCUCCAUUACACAUUACAACAGUGUCAUUGAAAUGCAACUGCAUCGUGAGGAUUGUGACUUAACCAUCAGUUGCUCAGAAGAGAGGAAGCUAAAAACAACAAGGAUUAUCUGGAGAAAAUGGCUGAUAUGUGUUUGCUGGGACUGAUAUUUCUUUGUCCACUUCUCACAGGUUUGAAUGGAGCGGAAAUGACCUAUGUGUUCUGCGGUUCUGGUGAAAAUGUCCGUCUGCCCUGUAAUAAUUCUCUUUCUGACUGUACAUCAACUACUUGGACCUACAGCAAACAAUCAAAUACAGUUGAACUGAUUGCUGGAGGAAUAAAGAAGAAAGACGUAGAGAGACAUGAGAGACUGAGUCUGGGCUCUGACUGCUCUCUAAACAUCCAGAAAAUCACAGAAAAAGAUCGUGGACUUUACACCUGCCAACAAUAUGUGAAUAGACCACCAAGUGAUGCACCUGUUUAUCUGCAUGUUCUCUAUGUCUCUUCAUCCUCUCAGUCUGAGAUCAGUCCAGGCAGCUCUGUGACUCUCUUCUGUCAGUUGUUUUAUGAUGGAGUCUCUUGUGAUGCUUUGGUCCGUGCUGAAGGAGUUCAGCUGAUCUGGGUGAAUCAGACCGGUGUGAAUCUUCAGACAGACCCCAGAUAUAAGAUAUCAUUCUCCUCAACAUACUGCUACAGCUCUCUGACUACAAGACUCCUGAGAGAAGAUCUCAACAGAGAGUGGAGAUGUCAGGUUACUCAGAGAAAUAAAGUGAAGACCUCAGCCUCAUAUACUGUCAAGUAUUCAACUCCAUUUGAGACAAAGACAGUGGCUCCUGUCACCAGCUCAUUGACUACCACAACUUUCACUCCACCAGCAGCAACUACACUCAUCCCAACUACCAGAAAAAACUCUGAGAAGCAAACAAGUCCUACACCAAAACUGUCAGAUAAACUAAUGAUUGGGAUUGGUGUUGCUGCUGCUGCAUUAGCUCUUCUCCUUCCUGCAGUUAUUCUUUGGGUGAUUUGUAAAAAAAGAGCUGAAAAAGAAGAGUGGCUAAUGACGCUGUGGACACAAAUAUGAAUACAUAUGAUGUACCCAAUAAUACAAUCAACAUAUCGAUCAAUCCUACUCCCGGCACUAACGAGCAGAAUGAUGAUGUGACUUACACUGAGGUGGCCACAUACAACAAAACACAAGCAAAACAGAAUCAAGUUAAUGCAGACAAAGUGACUUAUGCUGCCAUCACAGUAACAGCUAAACCUCAGGAUAACUGCAGUCAACUUUAUGCUUCUGUGAACAAGAACCAUCACAAAUAACACAAACAGUCAAUAAUUACACAAAGACCUCACGAUAUCAUUAUUUUAUCAUUAUUGACAUUGUAAAUAUUUUACAUUUAUAAUCAAACCCAAGUUUUGAUCGUAUUUACCUGUUGGACUUUGGUGAGUUCGGGAUGUUUUCGAAUGAACAAUGUUAAUCUUUUCAAUGUAACAGUCCAAAACAUUUUCAUCGCUUUAGUUACAGAGGUGCUAGAUUCAAUGCAGUCUUGUGAAACUUUUGGAUGAAAUUAAAAAAUGUUGGUUGAACAGAUGUUUGAAAUGAUGUUUUGCACAUAAAGGUGAGAGAACUGUAAAUGUGAAGAAACUGCGCUAUAUUUUGCAUAAAUUAGGUUCAGUUAAGAAUAAGGUUCUUGUGAUUUCGUUGUAAAAUAAAUGUCUGGUGCAUAUUAA